UCUGGAACUCCUGACCUCGUGAUCCACUCGCCUGGGCCUCCCAAAGUGCUGAGCCACCACACUUGGCCUGAAUUACACUUGCUGUAUGACAACCUGCUGUCUGCAGGACCCUGGGCAUAAGGAAAUGCCUGAGGGUGGAAAGCGGUGGAGCAGUGCUGCACAGUGCAUGGUGAUCAAAGAGAGGCCUUGUGUGCGGAGUGGGUACAGGCAGGUGGGUGAUGGGGUACAGAAUUCUAAGCCUCUGGGGAUGAAUGGCAGAGGCUACACCAUCUUGAUGAGUGGCCCUUGAGCCCACUGGACAAGGAGAAUUGUUGGCUGGGGUCCAGGUCCAUGGUCUCCCUGACUUGGGGUGGCCUUGCCAGGUGGUCUCAGAAUGGGGACCAAAGGAACCCUUUGAUUCUGUCCCCUCCCCCUUUUAUUCUGUCCCCUACCCUUCAAAGACAAACUGGAGGCAGGUCCUGGUCUCACUUGGGACCUGGGAUCACUUCUACAAAAACGAUUGUUUCUGAAGUUUCCCCCCUCACACCCCAGACAUGUCUCAUGGCCACUGAGUCAUGCAGCAAUGAUGGGUGUGGGUGUGUGGAUGGGGGGUGGCUGAGCCCAUUGAUCGAGGGCUGAGACAUCUUCCCUGCUAAUCAACAAGUUAAUAAGCUCUUCAAUGAGGAGGCGGUGAUUAAUGAACCAAUCAGCUUGCCCUGUAAUUGGGGACUAAGAUUGGAGGGUGGGGGUAUGAUGGAUAGAGACGGUUUGCAGGGAUGUGCGGCUGGCUCCUGGUCCACACUGAGACCACCUAGGGGCCCAUUUACUUUGGCUAUAAAUGAGGAAGUGACUUCUUCAGAGGUUGUAGCCUGAAUUUAGGCCACCCCAUGCCCUCUAGCUUCUACAGUGUCUGUCCUCUCUUCCCAUCUGUCCUUGGACUCCACGCUCCCCAAGACAUAACAGGGUUCCAGGGAUGUCAGAUUCCCUGUGGCCAUCUCACAGGUUCCUUCUUCUCUCUGCCUGGGAUCGGUGCACUAGAAACCCCCUACAACCACCAGGGUUAGUGCCGCAGGAUCAGAAGAGCAAAUACCUACUCUCUGGUAUCCUUGCCCCUGUUAGCCUGCAGGGUCCUUCUCUAGGCCCUGACCCCUGGGAUCACAGAUGUCCUAACCAGCCCCCACUGCCCCCUCCAUCCUAGGGUGAGCGCCUGUCUUUUGUCUUUCCAUGGAGGAAUGGAAUUCUUUGAUUUCCGCUGUCUCCCCUCCAAACAGGACAAAGGCUGUCUCUGUGUCUCUGUAUCUAUGUUCUGGGAACCCCUCAGACUAGGGCUCCCCUAUGACAUGACCAUGUCUCUCCUUUGAGACUGGGGUUCUUAAAGGACAGGGGUGUGCCUUGCCCCCUGGAUGAGGGCUUCCUAAAAGGAAUGAUUUUUCUCCUCCCUCCAAGGGCAGGAUCUGUGUCCCCUUGUCCUGGUGUCCUCUUCCACCCCCAUGCUCAGCAGGGCACCCUGGUGUUUCCUGGGAUGUGGAGUCCCACGGGGCCUGACUGGCUGAUAAGGAGCCAUUUCCGGAGAAUGCAGGUGAUUGAACCCAUAAAAGGGUGACAGAGAGCCCUGAACUCCCCAUCUCAGGAGAGCUCUAAAAAUAGCGCCAACAGCCAUCUGUCCUGGGGCUGGAGGGGCUGGCUCAGCACCAAGGGCCUGGACAAGUUGGCCCUGUCAGCCCCCAUGGGCCAGGGAGAGGAAGCUGGAAGGACUUUAUGGGGAGACCCUCCCACAGCCCUUUCUCCUCCUGGGCAGGUGGGUUUGAGGGGGUUGGCAGUCCGGAGGCCCUUCCCCUACUUGGCCUCUCAGAGUGGGUGGUGGGCCCCAGGCUUAGUCUUCGGGUCCCUGCUCCCAGGCCUGCCUCUGGCGCCCCAAUGGCUACUCCAGGUGCUGAGCCUUUCUGCCCCUCACAAUUGAGAGGUCCUCUUCCUGGGGUCUGCCUCACCCUCCUUUUCCUGUUUGAAUCGUGGGUGACCUUGGCUGCUCCAUCACCUCCCAGGACUUCAGUUUGCUCAUCUGGAAAAUGGAGAUACACUCAGUUCAUCGUCUUGUGAUGCCUGAAAUUACGCACUACCUGGUGCACAGUAGGUGCUUAAUAAACAUGAGUCCUUUCCUUCAAAGGAUCUGGGCUUAGAGCCCAGUGGAAACUGCCAUGGGCCGGGGACAGUGGCAUGUGCCUGGGAAGCCUUGGCAUCACUCAGGCCCAGAAGACACCAGUGCCCCGAAUGACACCUGCAUAGGGGUGGAGACACUCUGCCUUGGGAGGGGGCUCUAUGCCACACAUGGCUGGACCGGGGUCUGUGUGUGCCAGUCUGGAUACAUAGGUGGCCAACUCAGCUGCUUCUGGUGGGGGGAUUGGCUUCUGCCUCCGCCUGCCUCUCUUCCAACUCUUUAAUAGAGAGAGGACAUAAUGGAGUGUUCAGAGAGGCCUUUCCCCCAAGACACCAUAAACUGCAGGUCAGGAGCCAAGGUCAGGUGCUCCCACCCUGUCUCCAGGACACUUUCCCCAAGAGGUCCUGUCACUCCUCAGCCCUUCUCCAAACCCUUUGAGCAGAGGCUGAAAAGGGUCGUCUUUUGGAAAGAGUGGUCGUAGAUCCCACAGACUGGAGGGAAUGUGUCCACCCUCCCACCCCCAACUCCCACCCACGGACAGGCUAGGGAAGACAGAAUCUCAACUCUGGUCUUAGCGGCUGCCCCAGGAGUCUAGACCCAACCGCUUCACUUCCUCAGGAGACUAGACCUGCCACUGGGGGGCUGUGGGGUGAAUAUGGGGUUCAGGCUGGGUACCCCAUCCAGUGAGACCCCGAAUCUGAGCAUGGCAGCUGCCCCCUCAGCUCCUGGGAGGUGGAGACAUCACACACUGGCUGCGUAUAAGCUCAGUGAUCUGGCGAGGGUGGAAGGAGGGAGGAAGAAGGGCCCACCCCCUGCUGGCUCCCCCUCCCCCAGGACUCCCCCUCCCUUUCUAGGCGGGGAUAUAAGCCCCACAAGGAAAGCGCUGAGCAGAGGAGGCCUCAGCUUGACCUGCUGCAGUGCAGCCCUUGGGACUUCCUCGCCUUCCACCUCCUGCUCAUCUGCUUCACAAGCUAUCGCUAUGGUGCUCGUGCGCAGGCCGUGGCCCGCCUUGGCCACAGUGAUUCUGGCCCUGCUCGUCUGCCUGGGGGCUCUGGUCGACGCCUACCCCAUCAAACCCGAGGCUCCUGGCGAAGACGCCUCCCCGGAGGAGCUGAGCCGCUACUACGCCUCCCUGCGCCACUACCUCAACCUGGUCACCCGGCAGCGGUAUGGGAAAAGAGACGGCCCGGACGCGCUCCUUUCCAAAACGUUCUUCCCCGACGGCGAGAACCGCCCCAUCAGGUCGCGGUCGGAGGUCCCAGACCUGUGGUGAGGACCCCUGAGGCCUCCUGGGAGAUCUGCCAACCACGCCCAUCUCAUUUGCAUAGCACUCCCUACCCCACAAACCCGGAUUCUGCCUCCCGACGGCGGCGUCUGGGCAGGGUUCGGGUGCGGCCCUCCGCCCGCAUCUCGGUGCCCCCGCCCCCUGGGCUGGAGGGCUGUGUGUGGUCCUUCCGUGGUCCCAAAAUAAAGAGCAAAUUCCACAGAAACGGAA